AAUCCGAAGGCACAGCGAAGCAGGCAACAGCAGAAAUGUUCCGUAACCAGUACGACAACGAUGUCACAGUAUGGAGUCCUCAGGGGCGCAUUCACCAGAUCGAGUACGCCAUGGAAGCAGUGAAACAAGGAUCGGCUACAGUGGGGCUCAAGUCCAGAACCCAUGCAGUCUUGGUUGCACUCAAGAGAGCUCAGUCAGAGCUGGCUGCUCACCAGAAGAAGAUACUCCAUGUUGAUGAACAUAUUGGCAUCUCCAUUGCUGGGCUGACUGCCGAUGCCAGGCUCCUCUGUAACUUCAUGAGGCAGGAAUGCCUGGAUUCCAGGUUUGUGUUUGACAGGCCUCUUCCAGUAUCACGCCUUGUCACUCUCAUUGGAAGCAAAACCCAAAUCCCCACACAGAGGUAUGGAAGAAGGCCAUACGGCGUGGGAUUGCUUAUUGCCGGAUAUGACGACAUGGGGCCUCAUAUCUUCCAGACCUGCCCCUCUGCCAACUACUUUGACUGCAAAGCCAUGUCCAUCGGAGCUCGCUCCCAGUCAGCCCGCACUUACCUUGAGAGACACAUGGACACCUUCCUGGACUGUAAUCUAAAUGAGCUGGUCAGGCACGGCCUGCUCGGGCUCAGAGAAACACUCCCUGCUGAACAGGACCUUACCACCAAGAACGUCUCGAUCGGCAUUGUGGGUAAAGACAUGGAGUUCACCAUCUAUGACGAUGACGACGUGGCUCCUUUCCUUGAGGGUCUGGAAGAAAGGCCGCAGCGAAAGGUGGUUCAGGCUUCGGAUGAGCCUGCAGCUGACAAACCUGACGAGCCAAUGGAUAUCUGAGACUUGGAAGAUGCAGAAUGAUGACACUUCCUGUUACUCUGAUAGCCAGACGCCAAAUCCAAAACGGUCCCACUUAACUGCCGUGGGUGCAGUUCUGUGCUGUGGCAAUGUCACUUACUAAAAAGGGGUUUAUUGUAUGCUUUCCGCUAAAACAUUGGAUGUCGCUUUUUUUUGUAUUGGUAUAGAAUGUUAAAUUCUCGGAAUAAUAAACCUUUUUUCUCAUGC